AUGGCCGGCUUGAAUGAAGUUUACUCGGUUAAACCCGUCCAACAAGGCCAAAACUGGGAUGACAUUAAAGAGCUGUCAGCCUUGAAUGCUGCAGAGCUUCGUUUGAAGCGUUGGUGCAUCAUUAAAGUUACACUAUUUCCACGAUUAAUUUGCGCUAAUUUCUGGUGUAUCGGGUCAUGCUGUGUUUCUAUGGCAAAUCAGCUGAAGGCGAAAUCAGGAUCGAAUAAGUCAAUAUCAUCCGUGCAUCAAUCCGGAGGAGCGACAGCAGAAACUAGAAAGCCUUCUGGUCUUUAUUUGAAGAGUGGUGUCAGCGGAGGUUGA